AUGCGUCUUACUACUCUCAAGUGGGCUAGCAUCGCUCUGGCUUCCGCUCUACAUGUAAUGCUGGUGCUAAAUGCAUCGGCCAAGGUUUGCAACACGACGCAACUCACGCAGCUCACCAACGUGGUCACGACGUACUCCAGCAGUGCGGACUGCACCGGUAGCACCUUGGACCCGAGAACCAACGACGUAGCUGAGAUCUGUGCUGGCGCGUGCAUGCAACUCGUCCGCCAGCUGCAGCCAGACACGCCCGACUGCGAGUUCGACGGCACCAACCUCGGCGAGUCGAUGAGUAGGCUCGUGGCGUGGUGCGAUACAGCGUCGGUCUCUGCUUCGGGCUUGGCAUCGGCAUCGUCCGGCUUCAACUCGAGGGCAGGAUGGAAUGCUACCGACUCAAUCUCGAUCUCCAUUGAUACGCUGGACACGGUCCCAGUCUGCUCGAUCGAGAACGUCUCAUUGAUCAGUGAGAUCAACAAGGAAGCUACGAAGAGUGCCGACUGCUUUGGGAUGGGAGGGCCCCCCACUUCAGCCGCCAACAAGGAGGAGUACUGCGCUGGAAACGCGUGCGUCACGUACUUGGCCGACGUGGAGACCCGACUACCAAACUGCACCUACGGCGGCUACAACAUCAAGCAGGUGAUCGCAGAUACACUGGCGCUGUGCGAUGAUAGGACUGUGACAACUCUACCGGUGACACGAGCGAUGAAUACAAGAGCCUGGAACGCGACGAUCUCAUCGCCCGCAGCGUCGUCUUCAGCCUCGUACUAA